CUGCCUGACUCGGCGGGAGAGCAGAUAAGCAGCUUAACCAGAUAGUGUCCGUUGGAGCAAACUAGCUAUUUGCGGCAAGGCCAGAGAGAUCUAGUGUGGGAAGAAAGAUGAAACCUAGUCCCUUUGUCACUGCUAUAGCAGCAGUGCUGAUACUCAUAGCUGCACAGCAUGCGUCUCUCGCCGUCGGCAGAGGCCCCAGGGUCAUCAUAGUCGGCGCCGGCAUGUCCGGGAUCUCGGCGGGGAAGCGGCUGUGGGACUCCGGAGUGAGGGACCUGCUGAUCCUGGAGGCGACGGACCGCAUCGGCGGGCGGAUGCACAAACACAACUUCAGCGGCGUCAACGUAGAGAUCGGCGCCAACUGGGUGGAGGGCGUCAACGGGGACAAGAUCAACCCCAUCUGGCCCAUGGUGAACUCCACGCUGAAGCUCAGGAAUUUCUACUCCGACUUCGACGGCGUCGUCAGCAGCGUCUACAAGGAGAACGGCGGCCUGUACGAGGAGGAGUACGUGCAGAAGAAAAUGGACCGUGGGGACGAAGUGGAAGAGCUGGGCGGCAAGCUCGCCGCAAAGAUGGAUCCCAGCGGCCGCGACGACAUCUCCAUUUUGGCCAUGCAGCGCAUAUUCAACCACCAGCCGAACGGGCCGGCGACGCCGGUGGACAUGGCACUGGACUACUUCAGGUACGACUAUGAGUUCGCCGAGCCGCCGCGCGCUACCAGCCUGCAGAAUACCGAGCCCACCGCCACGUUCGCCGACUUCGGGGAGGACGCGCACUUCGUCGCCGACCAGCGGGGGUUCGAGACCCUCGUCUAUCACAUCGCCGGACAGUACCUCAGCACGGACAGCGCCGGGAACAUUGUAGAUCCCAGGUUAAAACUCAACAAGGUGGUGCGGGAGAUCUCCUACAGCUGGAGUGGCGUGGUCGUGAGCACAGAGGACAACUCGUCGUACAGCGCGGACUACGUGAUCGUGUCCACGAGCCUAGGAGUCCUGCAGAGCGAUCUCAUACAGUUCAAGCCUCAGCUGCCCGCAUGGAAGAUCAUCGCCAUCUACCGGUUUGACAUGGCCGUGUACACCAAGAUCUUCCUCAAGUUCCCCAGCAAGUUCUGGCCCACGGGUGACGGGAAGCAGUUCUUCGUGUACGCCAGCUCCAGGCGAGGCUACUACGGGAUGUGGCAGUCCUUCGAGGAGGAGUACCCGGGGGCCAACGUGCUGCUGGUGACGGUGACAGACCAAGAGUCGCGGCGGAUCGAGCAGCAGCCAGACAACACCACCAUGGCGGAGGCGGUGGCGGUGCUGCGGAGGAUGUUCCCCGACGUGGACGUCCCAGACGCCACCGACAUCUACGUGCCCCGGUGGUGGUCCAACCGUUUCUUCAAGGGCUCCUACUCCAACUGGCCUAUCGGCGUCAACCGCUACGAAUACGACCAGCUUCGGGCGCCGGUGGGGCGGGUCUACUUCACUGGGGAGCACACCAGCGAGCACUACAAUGGCUAUGUCCAUGGAGCCUACCUUGCAGGCAUGGAUUCUGCCGACAUUCUGAUGAACCGUAUCUUCAACAACGUGGAGUUUAAAGUCCGCGGCAAGUACGAUGACCAGACCGCGGAGGCUAAAUGAAUGUGAAGUAGAGAUCGAUGUCAUGUGCCAGUCUCUGCUGAUCAUUGAAUAAACCUCCUGUCUUCCGUGGAAGAAAUUCAAGCCAAAUAAUGUGCUUUCAUCUCUAUUGUUCUGAAUUCUCCAAAAGUUGUUUCUGUUGAAGUGUUCCAGAUAUGUAUUUCCUGCCUAAUAAUAGAAUAAAUACGCAUAGUGUUUGAGGUAUAA